AUGAUUGAAGGAGAUUCGGGCUUUGAGUACGAUGAUAAUGUGAUGACGUCGCCGAUCAUUGAUCACGUGCUCGGAACCAGUCACAUGUCCACCGUCUCGGGAAUCAUCAACCGCCGCCGCAUCAGCACGUCCACCCAGAAACAGCGCCACCGUCUCUCCACCACUAAAUCCACCGCCCCAUCGAUUGUGUCGGUUUACAUGACGUCUCGCCAAGUCACAGGAACCGAGCGUGUCGAGACUGGACGCGUCAAGAUGGAUACCUACCAGAAGUACUUUGGAGCCAUGGGAAUGUCUAUCGCCGUCAUUUUUGUGUUUGGAAUGACCACGAGUACGGUUUUGUCGAUGGGAAGGAGCUUGUGGCUGACGGAUUGGUCAAACGACUUUCUGGAUCCUCUCGCGCUGGAACCAACGCCACUGGAAACAGUAUUGGAGUCCGUCUAGGAGUGUACGCUGGCCUCGGAUUUUCGGAAAGUGAGUUUUCCCGCCACGUGCGUCCUCAGAACGUCAUUCUUUCUUUUCAGUUAUCCUUCUCUUCAUCGGAAUGCUGUCCCUGCUCUACGGAAGAGUAUCAAAGGUAGCAGAAAAUCAUUACUACCUAAACUUAACCAUAAAACAAAUAUAAUUCCAGAAAGCGAACCGGAAAAAUGAAAACCCCGCGUCUGAAGAUAAUACUCAAGCGGCGCUGAACAAACUAGUCGCCUCUAUGGAUGGAUGGUUUAGACUUAUGAAAGUACGAUUGGGAAGAAGCAAUCCCAAUCGUUCUUUCCCAUCAGACCUCUUUGUCGGCGUCCUUAUCACUAAUCUCCCCCGGUAAUCAAGAACGCAGGAAUUUCAGCUUCAAGCGGAUUUGCGGCAAAUUUCAAAGCAAUCGACUUAAUUACCGUUGGAGAUUAGUGAUAAGAACGCCGACAAAGGACUCCGAUGGGAAAAAACGAUUGGGAUUUGGAAACGUCAUGGCACCGUGCCACAGUAUGCACCAGAGUUGAGCGGAAUUCCGUCUUCCGUCUUCCGUCUUCCGUCUUCCGUCUUCCGUCUUUCGUCUGCCGUCUUCCGGAUUUCAAAAUUCCAUUUCCGCUCAACUCUGGUAUGCGCCAUAACUAGGAGAGUGUUUCAACAUCAUUGGAUCCCAUACAGAAGCAAUGGGAUCCUCAGAAAUCGCAAAAGCCUGACGGACGGCCACUUCUUUGUGCACACUGCCAGGUUUUCAGAGGUGGCGGCCGACGUAAUAGACCCGAUUCAUAUGUCUGCGAACUUUUAGACGUUUUUCUUCAAAUAAACACUAAGCAGGUUUGAUUUUUAAAUGAUUUAAUGCAGGGGAAAGAAUUGAGCAAUUCGACCAAUUGUCUCCCCAGACACACGCAACCUUACUUAGGUCUGGGUGUGUCUGGCUGUUUUGGCUCAGAUUGCGCUGAGGUUGGCAUCGGAGAUGAAGUCCCGGCGGACGAGCUGAGGCGAGGAGCGAACCUGCAAGAGCAACAUUACAGAAUUUGAAUAGGUAUCAACGGAGCGCGAGGGAAAAUCAAUUUCCAUUCGACCCAGCGGAAGAUCGAGGAAACUUGUUCCAUUUCGUGUGGAACAGUUAAGCAGGAAUUCUCCUUGCAAGGAGAACUAGCGGAAGAAGCAACGUUCGAUGCGUCUGGACUUCGGGAUCGGUUUGCGGAAUUCACUCAGAAGAUCGGGGAAGGAGGAAUUUUCGACUUCAUCACGGGAAAGAUAGCUGCCGUUUGGAGCACCAUCACUUCAUGGAUCGGCUCGGGAAUCGUCAUCAUGGUUGUGCUGGUUAUCGGAGGAGUAUGUUGUGUCCAGUGUGUCGGAGGAACGUCGGUUGGCUGGCGUUACAUUCCCUUGGCCCGGGAGUGUCGCAGAUCGCGAUAUCGACGACGGAGGAGAUGAUCAAUGACCACAGAACAGAGCAUUCCCAUCGACUCUCACGAUAA